AUGCCCCGUGCUAUGAAAGGCGUGCUUGUCCAGUGCGACGAGUCGAUCAAGACCAUUAUCCUCAAAAUCGAUGCCGAGCGCAACGACUACAUUAUAGAGGACCUAGACGAUGAGACCCUUGUCGUUAAGGCUGACAAGCUGAACGACCUGAAGUGGAGGCUGAAGGAGUUCUUGCGAGACGCCGUCAAAGAGCCCGAGGAGUCUGGUUCAGAGUAG